UCUAAACAAUUAUUUCUAAUGAAUAAGUCAAAUGCAUAUAAAGAAAAUGCAAAGCAUGUACUGAGGAAGUUUAGAGUGUAUUAUCAAAACUAGAAGGAAAUGGGAUGCUACUAAAAUCAGGAAACAAUCAAUUAUAAGGGCAUUAGUUAAAUUUUUAUAUCUUAUUAGGAAAAUAUAUGUAGAGAUCAAUGAAGAAAUGCUUUUACACACUCCAAUAUCGUAGGUGGCGGUAUGCAGCUUUAACGACGGACUUUCUGUAACCCGCCAAAAAACAAAAAAAGGAGAACAAGACGAACAGUUUCGCGGGAAUACAUGUGGGGUUGUGUUUGAAUUUGAGUUGAACCUAAAGCAGAAGAAAAUGUCCAGCGCCGCAGUGGAACUGACUAAUGGCCAUUGCGCGGACGCAGAAAACAAGAGAGAAAACAAAAAACACUUUUCUCAGUUCUGUGAUGAACGCGGUUAUUUGGACCUGGUCGAGUUCAUUCUGCAGGACGGAGUCCGGAAAGGAGACCGAACCGGGACGGGGGUGAUCUCUGUGUUCGGGACGCAGGCGAGGUACAGCCUCAGAGAUCAGUUUCCUUUGCUGACGACCAAAAGGGUUUUCUGGAAAGGCAUUUUGGAGGAGCUGCUGUGGUUUAUCAAGGGUUCAACCAAUGCCAAAGAGCUGUCGGAGAAGGGUGUGAGAAUCUGGGAUGCUAACGGCUCCAGGGAGUUUCUGGAUAAGAACGGCUUCAGCGAUCGCGAGGAAGGAGAUCUGGGUCCCGUGUAUGGCUUUCAGUGGAGGCACUUUGGAGCGGAGUACAAAGACAUGCACACUGAUUACUCUGGGCAAGGUGUUGACCAGUUACAGAAAGUGAUUGACUGCAUCACGUCAAACCCAGAAGACCGGAGGAUCAUCAUGUGCGCGUGGAACCCCAAAGAAACAGUAACCUACAUCGUGGAUGCCCUGGGGCCUGGCGAUUUUGUUCACACGUUAGGAGAUGCCCACAUCUACACCAAUCACAUCGAGCCGUUGAAAGAGCAGAUUCGGCGAGAGCCGCGUCCGUUCCCCAAACUCAAGAUCAAACGCAAAGUUGAACGAAUUGAUGAUUUCCAGGCAGAGGAUUUUGAGAUCUAUGACUAUGACCCCCAUCCUGCAAUCAAAAUGCAAAUGGCUGUUUAGAUCUUAUGAACAUCGAGGAAAAAAAAAUGUUGUUUUAGUAGUUAAAUAAAUCUGAUCUUUUCGAAUAUUUAAAAUAAAGACAGUAAGUACAUAUUAAUGGGAGAAGUGGUCUUGAGGUUCAUAACAUAACAUCUGUUCUC